AGUGUGGGUGUGUGCUUCUCUGACACAUAAAGAUAGACGUAGGGCAUGCAGAUUAGUCGGGUGUGUGGCUUCAAGAGAGACAGGCAGGUUUAGUUGAAAGAAGUGAAAGAAAACUUGAGGAAGAAGCAUGUUACGUAAUGAUCUUUAAAGACGAACUCUGCACGACUGCUGUAAAUUCGUGGUGGAGUGAGACAGGAAUUGAAGGAAAGGCCCAAAAAAAUAAAGGCAGCUGUUUGAAAGCCUCAGUGGUAGAUAGACAGCACUAAAGAAAGAGAGAGAGAGGGAGCAGCAGAGAAAGAGAACAGGAACAGAAAACAAGACUGGAGAGAGGCUGCUUUCGUUGAGUGCUAAGCCUGUUACUGAUCUCACUGAAGGCUUCCUGUGUCAGCACCAUGGGAAAGUCAGCCUCGAAGCAGUUUUCUGAGGAGGUGCUGCAAUGCCAUAAUGAGUACAGGAGGAAGCACCAGGCUCCUCCACUGAAGCUGAGCAGCAAGUUGAGCAGAGAGGCUACCCGUUAUGCUGAAAGUUUGGCCAGCACACGGAUCCUUAAACACAGCCAGGAGUCCAGUAGAGGGAGCUGUGGAGAGAACCUGGCAUGGGCCUCCUAUGACCAAUCAGGAAAGGAUGUUGCAGACCGCUGGUAUGAUGAAGUGAAACAGUACAACUUCAACCGUCCUGGAUUCUCCUCUGGCACUGGCCAUUUCACAGCAAUGGUGUGGAAGAGCACUAAUAAGCUGGGUGUCGGCAAGGCCAUCGCAUCAGACGGCUCUUCCUUCGUGGUUGCCAGAUACUUCCCUGCUGGGAACAUCACUAACCAGGGACACUUUGAGAACAACGUCCUACCGGCUAAAGUCUCCACCUAAUGAUGUCUAGAUUCCCAACACUUGACUCAAGCCCAAAGGCAUUUUUUAAAUUUUUUCCAGGAGAGUCUGAAGUUAUCCACCUGCACUUCUUCGAAUGAUACUCAGGAGAGCGCCACUUCUUGCCUUGCAAAAACUCAUACUGCUAUCUUGUAUGGAUUUUAAAAGAUGAAAUGCACUUAGAGUCCUAUGUUUGUCAUUUGAAAGGAGACCCCUGUAUGAAGCACCACUGUUUUACACUGUUAACAAAAACACUUCCAGUGAUCAUUUAGAUUGUUUAAUCUAUAUUUUUGAUGGUUGUUUAUAUUGUUUGUGACAGUAUUUCAGUCAUUAAUGCCAAUACUUUUUAUAUAUUCACACACUGAAAUACAUCAUUGCCUCAGAUCUACAUUUGAGUAAGAAUGGGAACUAAGUCAGUUACAGGGACAGGCUUUAUGCUUUUGCAUGUGAAGUUAUGAAAAAGUCAUUUUAAGGUGCUGACUCAACAUGUCUUUUAUAAGUUCCUGUUCUUGCCAACAAAUGUCAAAGCAGAACUCUGACAUCCCGUUUAUGUGUUAUUGAAUCUGUCUUGUACAUUUUAGGUGGACUGUUUAGCAUCUGUCUGGGCACGCUUGUCAUCCGUAUUGAGUGACAUUAUAAGAGAGUGAGAAACAGAGCAGAAUGGAAGUUUGAGUUUAAGUUUUUAAUUUCAUAAUGACACAUCUGUCAUAUCUGAGUCUGACAUAGUGUUGUAAUUCUGAGUAUAAUUACUAUAGGAACAUUUGUGAGGUUUACAUUAAUAAGCUUUUCACUCCAGGGUUGGUAUUAAAGGUCUAAAUAUUUA